AUGGAGGACUUGGAGGCCCAGUUGAAGGCCUCGGUGUACUUGAGUGUGGCCAAGAUGGUCGAGGAACAAACCAAUGAGAUGUCUGUUUCUGCCAGCCCGUCGUUUAUCGCUUCGCUCGUGGAGAUUGUUUAUAACCAGAUCGUUUCGUUGGGCACGGAUUUGGAGUUGUUUGCAGACCACGCUGGACGCAAUGUGAUCAAGCCAGCCGAUAUGUAUAUGGUUUCAAGAAAGAACGAGACGCUAACGAAUGCAUUGAAGGAGUAUGAAAAGGCUCAAGAGGAGAACAAUUCAAAAGACGGUGUGGUGAAGGUGUGGAGCCCUUCUAUAGAUCGCCAGGGCGGGUUUACUAUGGGGAACCUGGGCUCUGAGGAGCUGCUAGACCAGGAUGUGAACGAGCAGUUGCUUAAGUUGGAAACUGCUAUACUGUCUACCUCGUUAAGACAUCGGGACUUGGAGACUCACUACGAUUCUUCCGCUACGCUGAAUAGAAAUGCUCAUUUUGAUUGGAUCAACGAUAUAAAGCUUGUGAAUAAUGACCGACUGUUGGUCACGGCGCUGGCUGACUUGUCGUUGAAGUUGAUCAAUCUCGAUACGAAUGAUGAAAACGACGUGCACAAGUUCCAGAAUGUUCAUACAGACUAUGUCAAGAAGCUUCUGUCGAUAUCGCUGCAGAAUUUGGUUGUCAGCGGUGCCUUAGACGGCACAAUUGCUAUCUGGGACCUUAAGACGCUAAAACCCAUUCUGCAUUUCCCAAACUACUCAGGUACGCCUCACUUGCCUUCGUCUGUGUACGCUUUGGCUAAUAACCAAAGUAACUUGAUUUCUGCAGGCGGGCCCAGCAACACUAUCAACGUUUAUGACCGUAGGAUUACUCGUGACGGUGGUGCAAACUUAAUCAGACGCUUGGUUGGUCACCAGGAUAACGUACGGUGUCUUUUGAUGAACUCAAACUAUAUUCUCAGUGGUUCCUCAGACUCCACGGUUAAGCUCUGGGAUAUGCGUAACUUCAAGGUCUAUAAGAACUUUGAAAUGCAUGAUGAUCCUGUCUGGAGUCUUACCACUCCCUAUGCUUCCGCUCCAGGUCUUUUGGAUGAUAGUGCAGACUUCUCUGUGUUUUACUCGGGUGACAAGGCAGGUAAUGUGGUCAAGACCGACUUGAGCUACCUUUCUACAUAUGUGCCAGAGGAGGAGAUGGUGGAGCCUACAUUUAGCUCUUCUGACUUGACUUUUGUUGACGAAAAACUUGGUCUCUGUACGUUAGUGGCCAAGGCAUGCUCCCCAAUCGUUUCCUUAUGUGUUGAGAAGGAUACUUCCAUUUUUGCUUCCACAUACAAUGCCCUCAAUCGUUACUAUAUUCCCGAUACAAAACAAAUGGCCAAAUACCAAUACUACCGAACCUGCGUGGACUAUUGCAUAAACCUCGAUAGCCAGGUUGACGAUGACCAUCAAGGUGUGCUAGAAGGGCCUACAACUGAUCAGUCUGAUCUCAAUUCCGAUUUUUACGAUAUUGUCAGUCAUCUUUCUAUGGAUACCAAUAACCUUGACAUUCAAUCGUCCUUCUCUGGAUAUCCAAUGUCUACUACCAAUGUUGAAGCUGAUAAUGUUGAUGAAAAUGCAGAGUACAACUCCAUGUUUUUGUGCAUCAAUGGUGGACCAUCCACCGAGUUCGUGAACGCUUAUAAAGAAGAACUCAAGACAUCUGCUCCACCAGAGAAACUGACGGUAGACAAAACGCCUGUGGAAAUUCUCCUCAACCCAAUUCCAUCCAGCCAGGUGAUCUCCAUCGCCUUCAAUUCCGACCCAAUAGACAGGUUCCCAUUGAGUCCAAAAUCAAUAGUAUCGAAGCGCAUGCUUAACAACAAACGUUGGAUGGUGGUACUUUAUCACAAUGGUGACAUCAGAAUCUGGGACAUAUUCAUCUGCCAGGUGAUCAAAUCUUAUCCAAGUAAGUCUGGAAGUGACAAGAGACUCACAGACGAUGAAUUAAAAGAAAGUUCUCGGGAAAUGGACCAGAUUACGCAAGAUAACCAGACAUUAGACACCUUCAGUAACUGGUGUGAAGUUGAGAUAAGAUCAGGAAAGCUUUUAGUUUCUUUGGUGGAAACCUCAGCGCCUAAUGUGGAGAUCUACUACGAUGAAAUGGUCAAGCUAUACCCAUACAUGGCGUUAGAGAAUGACCCAUAUGCCAAGGAGCACAGAGCUAGAGCCGGUGACGAUGAAAGGUAUCCUUUGGCUCUUAUAUUUCUCAAUUCCUUGUUUCAUCAGUAUUCCCUCUAUGAGUUGAAGAGUGACGAGAAGGCCAGAGAAGAGCUUCGACUCUCAGCUACCAAAAUGAAAACCAGCGGGACUGGUUCCGAGGUGGACCUGAGCUCUGUGUCCAGCACAGUUGACGAACAAAAAAGAAAGAGGCUAUUCUCUAGGAAGUCUUCCAGGGCGAACGUUGCCCAGCUUGCGGCAAAACCGGCCAGCUUCAGCCCUGCCCCCUCAGUGUCGAGUGCUGUCAGUGAUUUGGCUGAUGAUCCACUUACAUUAACCGAAACAUCGAGUAUCUCGGAUCUGAAUAUCGCUGAAGAUUCCAUUCUCAAGCUUCUUCUGCUGAAUAGACAGAAGUACAUGGAAUUUUAUGGUCAGCAUGGAAGCAAGAGAGUAUCACCAUCGGAGUUGCUUUUGUACUCCAACAAUAUCGCCUUGAAUGGUAAGGAUGAGGGUUCCUUAUACUGUCCCUUCAUCCCUAUAGAGAAGCUCCCAGGUAACUUGCUUGUUAUCGUAUUCGAAAACUCGUCUGACUUGGGAAAUUAUAGAGACGUUUGCAGCUUCCACUUAGACGAGAUAUCGGAAUUGGCAUAUCCUGUUCUGCCAUCAAGCACCAAAUAUCACCUCAUCAAGCAGCUUAGACAAACGCUUCCUCGUUGGAUCGGAAAUCCAAUCUUAUUCAACAAGUUCCCUCAAAAGGAAUGGCCUAAGGUAGCUUUCCAGCUUUUCGAGGCUGACUACUUCAAGUAUCCCCCAGACAAGAAGAUUGGCGGUAAAGCACAGAGAAAGAUCAAGAGACUCCCACCACUUGAAAGUUCUCUUAAACUUACGUCCCAAAACAUGCUUCGGGUCCACAAAGUGUUACUAUAUGUGACUGAAAAGUUCGAAUCAAGAACCCUAGAGAUGAAAGAAAAGAAGAAGCCAGCCGAAUGGUUGGAGCUUGAAUGCAGAGGACAAAUUCUUGAUCCAAACAUGACCCUCCAAACUAUCAAGACCAAGAUUUGGAAGUCAAGCAGUGACAUUGAACUCCAUUUCCGGAGAAAAUUCGAUCCAUAA